UUCGCCGGACACGAUGGUUAAACGCUGCAUGAACCUCUCGGUGUAAAACGAGAUGAACCACUUUGUCUUUUAAACUUAACAAUACUUCAGACUCGGCACUGUGAACUGAACUGUGAAGGCAUUUCUCGCAAAAAAUGUGUUGUAGUAGCCAUGGGGGAAGCUUGGCACGAAGUUGUGUUUACUUCCGUAUUGUUUCACGUUCGCCCACACGCUGUCAUCGAUUGAAGUUUCGUUCACAAGUAUCUGCAGAACGAAACGGACGAUUACGUAGACACAAGUCAUGACUGAAACGUCAUUUAACUAGCUUUUUAAAUGUAUUUUCUAUCAAAGAUAUUGUAGAUCCGAAUCAGAGUUGUGGUUUGUAUCCACCAAAAAUGUAUUUGUCAUCCCGACAUUGAUCGAGAAUUGAUCUUAGAGUCCAAAUUUAUGAAGUGGUUUAGUAGCUGGUCUCAUUUUUAUAACUUCUUACUUGCUUGAGAAUAGUGACGACCUAGAAGGUGAUGAUAGCUUUGACAGUUUGUGUUGUCCCUCUCGUGGAUGAUGUGUGUAUUACUGCAUUAUUACAUGCUAUUUGCUCCAAAGGCGCAAGGAGUCCUAUAUGGAACGUACUUUUUACACCUUCUGUUUUUUCAUCUCAUCUUCUCCAGGCAGGUCCUUGUUCCUAACUGAACUUCCAUCAGAUCCAAAAUGUCUGCCAGAGACAUAUUGAGAUGCAAAAAAAUAGCCAUUGAAGGGACUUUAUCCUCAGACCACUCUCUGAUCCUCAACAAGGUGCACGAAAGGAACCUGAUCACUCAACGGGAGUACAACAACCUGAGGUGCAUCAGUGGCGGCACUGUGAGCGAACACAUCACUGCGCUUUUGGACAAGAUCAUGAACAAGGGAGAGGAGACCGCCCAGGCUUUCUUGAGCCUCCUGCAGACUGAUGAGGACAUUCGAAGCACUUUCCCUCAGCUUAAAAGCAUUGGAAUGACAGACCUCAGCCGUCGGCGCCUCAGAGACUCCUGUACAGACCAGCUGGAGCAGAAGCGACCUAAGAUGGAAGAGCUGUAUCCGUUAAACAGCAGCCCUGUUGGUCUGUGCUUGAUCAUAAACAAUAAGAACUUCCUGAGCUGCUCCCCCAGACAUGGCACCGACAGAGAUGCUCAGUGCUUGGGAGAGGUGUUCACUUCGCUCGGCUUCCGCGUCCUGAUGUGUGAAGAUCAAACGACGGAGCAGAUGGAUCGAUGUCUGAAGUGCUUCGGUUCCUUCUGUGACCCCGCACAGCUGCAGGGGUUGGACUUGAUGGAGUUCAGCGGGGGAGGGUUCACUGCGCUUCAGGAUGUCCCGAAGCAUGGAGAUGCUUUCUUCUGCUGCAUUCUGAGUCACGGAGACAAGGGUGUCGUCCUGGGCGUGGACUCCAAACCCCUGGCUAUCAAAGACAUCACAAAUACCUUCAUGUCUUCCCCUCAUUCUCAGCUCACCGGAAAACCCAAAGUUUUCCUCAUCCAGGCCUGCCAGGGUCGUCUGAUGCAACGGGGGGUGUUGCUGGCGGAUCUGUUGGAAGAUAGUUGUGAGACGUCCAUCCCUGAAAAAACAGAUUUUCUGGUAGCUAUGGCUACAGUAGAAGAUUAUGCUGCGUUGAGACACAGGGUCGAAGGCAGCUGGUUUAUUCAAACGCUGUGCCAGGAGCUGAUGGCCGGCAGCCAAAGGGCUGACGAUUUUCUCUCCAUCCUCUUGCGUGUCAUUAAUGGGGUGAGCCGGAAAGAAGGAUCCAGCCAAGUCGGUGCUGUGAAACAGGUGCCCGAAGUUCGGUUCACGUUGAGGAAGUCACUUGUGCUGAAACCACAUGAGAAUUGAGUUUUCAUGAUGUCAGCAGUCUAUUCAAAGGAACACAAUCUAGAAAGGCACUGCUACAGCACAUACCGUAUUUUCCGGACUAUAAGCCGCUACAUUUUUCUUGCGGUCUAAACCCUACAGUUUAUAUACUAUAGGACACAGAUUAUGAACGGCUGAUCUCGGUUUGUUCGCGGUUUGUGAUGCGUCCGCUCCUCCCUCCCUCCAUGUGACUCACCGCUCGCUUGGCAACGACAUGUGUACUAUGGAGGUUUUCGACUGGAGUGUGAAAACAGCGCAUUUUGAACACUUCAAAUGUAAAUAAGGUGUGAGGAGUUCAUGAUUCAAGUUCACACCAUUGCCGAGAUUAUUUCAUGAGUCAGUCUCGGUGCUGGAUCCGGUUUUCAAAACUAGAACUAGAGGAUCACGAGAAGUGACCCUCAUGCAUUUUCUGCGGCACAGACAGCACCAGUGCACCCGCGACUUAUAGACCGGUGCGGCUUAUGUGCGAAAAAUAUCUAUUUUCCUUCUUAAAUUUUGUGGGUGCGGCUAAUAUUCCGGUGCGCUCUAUAGUCUAGAAAAUACGGUACAUCUGCUGACAUCCACUGUUAAUUUUUUAAAAGCCAAAAACUGUUUUGUCAAUAUACGCUAUAUUAUUUGCUCACCCAUCCAAAUGAUUAGAAUCAGGCGUCACGUGGCGUUGCCACAGGUGUAUCAAACCAAGCACCUUGGUCUGCAGACUGUUCUUACAAGCUGUUGUGAAAGAACGGGCCGUUCUCAGGAGGUCAGUGAACUCCAGCAUGGAACUGUCAAUGGAUGUCACCUGUGCAACAAAUCCAGUCAUGGCAUUUCCUCGCUCCUAAAUGUUCCACAGUCAACUGUCAGCUUUAUUAUAAGAACAUGGAAGAGUCUGGGAACAACAGCAUCUCAGCCAACGCCAUGUAAACCGACAGAGAGGGGUCAACGGAUGCUGAGGUGCAUAGUGCAAAGAGGUCACUCACUUUCUUGUUACAGAGCUCCAAACUUCAUGUGGCCUUCAGAUUAGCCCAAGUACAGUACGUAGAGAGCUUCAUGCAAUGGGUUUCCAAGCCAUACAUGAACUUGACUGGCCUGCAUAGAGUCCUGACCUGAACCUGAUAGAACACCUUUGAGAUGAAUUAGAGCAGAGACUGAGAGCCAGGCCUUCUCAACCAACAUCACACCUCACCAAUGUGUUUUGGAAGAAUGGUCAAAAAUUCCAAUAAACACAUUCCUCAACCUUGUGGACAGCCUUCCCAGAAGUCGUGAAGCUGUGGUAGCUGCAAAAGGUGGACCGACAUCAUAUUGAACCCUAUGGGUUAGGAAUGGGAUGGCACUUAAGUUCAAAAGUUCAAGGGCAGCUGAGCAAAUACUUUUGAUACUAUUGUGUGCCUCUCCUUAGCCUCUCAUUUACAUCCACUUUUUCAAAGGCAAAAAUCAUUGUUUUACGUGUAUUUCAUGAAUAUAUCUUCAGUUAAAAUGUCAGAAUGUAAUGGACUUAAAUGGACAAGCGAUGCCAGUACUAGCACAGCGCAUCUAAAUCGUACACAUUCCAGUCAUUAAGAAGAGGAGGAAGAGAAAGACGUCCAGACCUCUGGGCAGGAGGGAAAUAGAAAUUAUUUUUGUCACCGUGAAAGCCGGUCCAUAAUAGUGGUUCGAUGGUCAUGUUUUUGUUUUGUUGUUUGAGCCUUCACACUAUAUAAAUUAUUUUGUCAAAUCUCUACAACAACACCUACACCGGGUUUAACGGUAGCUGGUCACGUGAGCGGAUAUAACUUUCAUUCCAUUAAAAAUCAAUGUUGUAAGUUUGUAAAUCCAAACGAACCUACAGAACACCACAAAAUAAAAUCAGGUCUAAUUAAUCCCAAUUGACAGCGAGCCUAGAUUUUUUUUUUUUUAAAUAAGUCCGUCUGUUUUGAAGUUAAUGUCUUUUUUUGCUUGUUUGUUUAUAUAAAUGUCAUGUAAAUGUUUGGCUGAGAAGUUUAAUUUUAAUUGUUUCGGGUGAUUGGUGUGGUUACACUUCUGUACACUGAAUUUAAAGAAGUGUCCUG